AUGGCGAGGAGCGGAGGGGAAGGGGGCGGCGGCGUGGGCAGGCUGAAGAAGGGGCCGUGGACGCAGGCGGAAGACAAGCUGCUGGUCGACCACGUGCGGCGCCACGGGGAGGGCAACUGGAACGCCGUACGCCGGGAGACGGGGCUGCAGCGCUGCGGCAAGAGCUGCCGGCUCCGGUGGGCGAACCACCUCCGUCCCAACCUCCGGAAGGGCCCCUUCUCCGCCGAGGAGGAGCGCCUCAUCGUCCGCCUCCACGGCCUCAUCGGCAACAAGUGGGCGCGCAUCUCGUCGCACCUGCCUGGGAGGACGGACAACGAGAUCAAGAACUACUGGAACACGCGCCACAAGCGCCGGCAGCGCGCGGGGCUCCCGCUCUACCCGCCGGACAUCGAGCGCGAGAUCGCGCUGCUGCGCGCGCAGGACCUCAACCCGUUCGCCGACGCCGACGGCAAUGGCAAUGGCAAUGCCAACGCCAACGCCGGCCUCCCGGCACCACUCCUCUAUGACGCGAGUAACCCGUUCGCGCUGCCGCCGACCGUGCCGUCGCCCUCGGCCUCACAUUCGCCGUUGAUAAACCAGAAUUACCCCCUCCUGAACCAGAUGCAGGGGAUGCAGCUGCUCCAUCACGCCAGCCAGCAGGCUACGCAGCCAGGUUUCCACCAGGACAACAACGCCGGGUCCGGCCACGGCGGUUUCGGCUCUUCGGGGCUGCCGCCGUUGCCCACCAGAACGCACGAGAUCCCUUCGAACCAAUUUGACACCGCGAACAGCGGCAGCGGCAGCGGCGGCGGCGGCGGCGGUAACGGACUGCUAGAGUCGCUGCUCCUCGGCGACGACCACCUGCCGCGGCCCAACCCGACCAUGUUCAGAGUCGGCUCCAUGCCUGAGCUUAUGUACCGCGAACCCAGGUCCAGGCUGCUCGUCCACGGCGGCGCGAGCGACAGCGACGUCACCUCGCAGUGCCCCCCGGGGGAAGACAAGCAACAUGGCGGGAAAUGGGACUUCCUCUUGGAGGACGUGAAGCCGGCGAAGAGGAGGGCGGCCAGCGAGGUGGAGCUGGAGAUCCCUGACAUGUUCGGCAUCAUCCCGGGCUCGAUCCCGGGGGAGUGGUUCAGCACUUGCGGAGGGUCGACGGCACCAUCGCCGGGGUCGGCGUCGGUCGUCACUGACGAUGAGUUCAACCUCGAGAUGCAGCAGUUGAUGUCAUUGCUACCACUGUCACUUGACGAGCACAACUGGAACGCACAAGUAUGA